AAAAGUACUAUGCAUUUUAAAAGUGCUGUUAUACUUUGCGCGUUGUAUCUCUUAACGUCAGCAUGGAGCAUUGGACUGAACAGUAAACAACUAAUUGAAAUUAUUAGGCUGUACGAUAAUCACACAAUGUCUGCUAGUAAAAUUACCAAAAAUAACAUCACACAACUUAUGAAAGAAUUUUUUGAAAUUCAAGAGCCCGAGGAACUAUUUGAUUGCGAUUCAAAUGGGGGCAUUGAUGUAGAUUUGAAUAAGUUACUGUUGACGUUAGCGUAUAACGAUAAAAUAACACAUGACUGCUUCAAGACUCAAAUGCUUACGUCUUUUGAAGUGGAGUUUUUUCUCAGGGUUUUCACCGAACACGCCAUCAGUCCUGACCAAGAUGGAUAUAUUAGUCUUCAACAGCUACCGGGUGUAUUAAAGUAUUUAAAGGUAGACGAUACGGAGAUCCAAAAAGUAGUCGAAAAUCUUAAAGUUAAACAAAAAAAUAAUAACUUUUUAAAGGCUGUUUACAUGAUGUCGAAAUUUUUAAAUUUGAAUUCAAUUAAAUCCCUAUUUGUUAUCCAUGAAGCGGAUUUCUUGUUGAUAAUGUUGUUAAUGAAACCGGAAAAUUCAAAUUUUCAAUAA